AUGUUGUGGGCCUGCAAGGACCCGACUGCUGCGAAUAGCCUGGACGACGGUUGGUACUUGCACGACCUCGAGGCAGGUGGCCCUAAGGACGUGUUCAAGCACAUGGUUCCCGUAGCGUUGUUACAGCAGAUGGUGGCAUGCGUGGAUCCCUUCAACUUCAUUGACAUGCCUGCUGCUUCUGGCUUCUACAACCUCAGUUCUGGGGAGUCGCCGCGAUGCCGCAUGCUUGACAACGGCGUGUUCCGACUUUCACGUGCAGCUGGCUGUGGUCCGGUUGCAGACUAUUUGGCCGUGGUGUGGAGGUGCAUUCGGGCCUUGGGUUCGUCCCCGGGCGCUCUCUGA